AUGGCCAGGUGCCACUUCAAUUCUGAUCAGGCGGAGGAUCCUCCUCAGAUGGCUGAUCAGAAUGAGGUGCUAUUCCAGACAUCCCUGACGCAAGAUUAUGCUCAGGCUGAAGGAGAUCCAGCAGAAGCAGCUGAGGAGGUUCCAGAUCAGCAGCAGGAGGAGAGAGAACAUGAAGAUAUGAUGGCAGAGGAAGAGGCAGCCCCUCUUCCAGUAGUGGCCAUGGACCAGGAAGAGGAGGAGGUGGGAGUUGAGGUGGCAUCCUUGGAGGAGCAUGGCCAGGCACGCCAACGACAUGCAGGUUUGUAUUGA